UCAUAGUUGCCAACCAACUGCCAAGCAUUAACCCGGAUUAUUGCUGCCCUUGCCAUUCAUUUCACGAUGUCGACGUCGCAGUCGAGUUCAAAGCCAGCAUCCCCGCCGUCACAAUCCAGAGGCUCGACAUCUGCGGCGUCCUCGUCGACGCCAGUAGACGCUGACCUUGAGCAGUUGUUGUCGCGCGAGGCAUCGGCUUUCCAACGCGAGAUGGAGGUUGAGAGGAUAUUGAAGUCGUUCAAGCUCAAUCCGUAUGAUAUUCUCAAUCUCGAUUUCACUGCAAAGCCGGAAGACAUCAAACGGAAAUAUCGACAACUCUCACUGUUCAUCCAUCCUGACAAGACCGCCCACCCUCGUGCUCCAGAUGCAUUCGAUAUUCUCAAGAAGGCCGAGGCGGAACUUUCUGAUGCAGCUAAGCGCGAAGAGUUAGAUGCCGCGAUUGCUUCUGCACGGACUACGCUUCUCCGUUCGCUUUCUCUCCCAACAAACCUUGCGGAUGACGAUCCUCGUCUGCGGAAUCUUGGUGACGACCCGAAGCUCAAGGAGCAGGGGUUGACGACGCCUUGGAAGAUCAUGUUGAAAGAGAAGAUAAAGGAGGUAUUAAUAGAAGAGGAGGUUAGAAGAAGGAAGGCGAUCAAAUUGAACCUUGCCAAUGAGGGUCUUGAGGCGCGCAAGAAGGAGGAAGAGGUGGCGUCACGAAAGAGAAAGGCAGAAGAAGACAAAGUAUGGGAAGAAACCCGAGAACAGCGGGUGGACAGUUGGCGUUCGUUCACUAAUAAUACGAAGAAGAAGAAGAAGCAGAAGGUUGCAAUUUUGGGAUGAGAUGGAAGUUGUGAUGGACAUGUAAUCGAGGAGGUAAUGCAACUCACCUGGGAUGUUUUAGAUGAUAGGCACCUUUGCAAAUACUGUAGCAUGAAGCUCUCCUGAUGAUCGAACGAGAGGACUUCGCAAGGCAAUGUAUUUAUUUAUUCCAAGGGUUAUCAUAGCUGUG